CGCCCCUCCUCCGGGGCACGAGCGAAGGAAAGGGGCCGGGCCGAGGCUGGGCCCGCCCCUGCCCAGUCUCCGAUUGGCUGCUGCGGCUGUCCAUCCGGGAUCUAUUUUUGAUGGGGGGGGUGCCACCCAGUCUGCCCCAGAUCACGUUUGCCAUCGCCAGCUAACCAGCCCGGCUCGAGUCCGCCGGUAAGAAGCAAUUGGGGGCGAGUGAGCUCGGCCCCCCAGUCCCCCGUCCGGGUGCACCCGCCCGGCCCGAGGCGGUAUAUCCUGCCCUCCCCGGCCACCUCCCCCUCGUGGAAGCGGAGCGGCGGCCUCGCUGUAACGCAGAAGCGAAAUGUAGCGAGCCGGGGGUCGCGGCUGGACGCUCGCCUUGGCUGGGGGUGCGGGGAGGUACGCCGAGGGCCGAGAAGGACUGCGGAGGAGAAGGAGUGAUGAGAAGAGGGGGUACCCUGCAUCCCCGGAGACCACGGGCCCCUGCUGCCACUCGCCAGGCGCCCCCCUUCCUCCCAAGCGAGGGGCAGAAUUUCGCUAUAUCCAAUUCUCAGUAACGCUGGGGAAGAGGGAGAGCCUAAGGAACUGAAAUGUGCAGGUGUUCCACACAGAUUCUUGUGACUUUAAGGACCAGGGAUUUGGGGAGGAACAAGGUCUUCCCAGAAAGGGAGGAAAUCUCUGGAAGAGAGGGCAAAGACAGCAGACACUGCCCUGGGACCAGCAGAGCCUGAGAAGCUGCGGGAAGCCAAAGGAGCGCCUGCCCCCAGCCAAGGCUGUGUUCUGAAAGACUUGAACUCCAGCUACUUCUCACACAAGAGGGGCCAUCUCAGAGGGCACCCCAGACUUCGGUUGGGCUCUUCUACUCUGGAUGCCCCCUGCUUUGAGGAGCCUGCCGCUGAGAACCAAAGAAGAUAAGAGGCCAGACAAAUUUCUCCCAGCACAGAGUCGGUCAGCCGGAAUCAGGCAUCUGCACCCCUAGUAGCUGGCCACUGAGUCUGGUGAGGAGUUUCUUGUUUGCCUCCAGCUUGUGGCUUCAGUGCUUGAUGGGGCUGCCUGUUGGUGGAUCAGUUUUUGCAGUGCCUGGUAGGAGUGGAGAGCCGUGGGAGGAGGUCCCACGGCACCCAAGCCUGGGUUCACCCCAAGACUAAGUUCUUUCCCGAAUUAGAGCGGGAGAGAAAAAGCAAAAAAAGAGAGGAAAAUUGCCCCUUCCCCUCCUCCCCACCCAUCAUGUCCUCUAAGCCGGAGCCAAAGGACGUCCACCAGCUGAACGGGAUGGGCCCUGCCGCCUCUCCCUGCUCUUCAGAUGGCCCUGGGCGAGAGCCCUUGGCCGGGACCUCAGAGUUCCUGGGGCCUGAUGGGGCUGGGGUAGAGGUGGUGGUGACUGAGUCUCGGGCCAACGCCAAGGGGGUUCGGGAGGAGGACGCCCUGCUGGAAAACGGGAGCCAGAGCAACGAAAGUGACGACGUCAGCACAGACCGUGGCCCUGCACCACCCUCCCCCCUCAAGGAGACCUCCUUUUCAAUCGGGCUGCAAGUGCUGUUUCCCUUCCUCCUGGCAGGCUUUGGGACUGUAGCUGCUGGCAUGGUGCUGGACAUUGUACAGCACUGGGAAGUCUUCCAGAAAGUGACGGAGGUCUUCAUCCUGGUGCCUGCACUGCUGGGGCUCAAAGGGAACCUGGAAAUGACCCUGGCAUCGAGGCUCUCCACCGCAGCCAACAUCGGGCACAUGGACACACCCAAGGAACUCUGGCGGAUGAUCACUGGGAACAUGGCCCUCAUUCAGGUACAGGCCACAGUGGUGGGCUUCCUGGCGUCCAUCGCAGCCGUCAUCUUUGGCUGGAUCCCUGAUGGCCACUUCAGUAUCCCGCAUGCCUUCCUGCUCUGUGCCAGCAGCGUGGCCACGGCUUUCAUUGCCUCCCUGGUAUUGGGUAUGAUCAUGAUUGGAGUCAUCAUUGGUUCUCGCAAGGUUGGGAUCAACCCAGACAACGUGGCCACACCCAUCGCUGCCAGCCUGGGCGACCUUAUCACCUUGGCGUUGCUCUCAGGCAUCAGCUGGGGACUCUACCUGGAACUGAAUCACUGGCAAUACAUAUACCCCCUGGUGUGUGCCUUCUUCGUUGCCUUUUUGCCUGUCUGGGUAGUGCUGGCCCGACGGAGCCCAGCCACGAGGGAGGUGUUAUACUCGGGCUGGGAGCCUGUCAUCAUUGCCAUGGCCAUCAGCAGUGUGGGGGGCCUCAUCUUGGACAAGACUGUCUCAGACCCCAACUUUGCAGGGAUGGCUGUCUUCACGCCUGUGAUUAAUGGUGUUGGGGGCAAUCUGGUGGCAGUGCAGGCCAGCCGCAUCUCCACCUUCCUCCACAUGAACGGGAUGCCAGGGGAGAACUCUGAGCAAUCUCCUCGCCGCUGUCCCAGUCCUUGUACCACCUUCUUCAGUCCUGAUGUGAAUUCUCGCUCGGCCCGUGUCCUCUUCCUCCUUGUGGUCCCAGGACACCUGGUAUUCCUCUACACCAUCAGCUGUAUGCAGGGCGGGCACACCACCCUCACACUCAUCUUCAUCAUCUUCUACAUGACAGCUGCACUGCUCCAGGUGCUGAUUCUCCUGUACAUCGCAGACUGGAUGGUGCACUGGAUGUGGGGCCGGGGCCUGGACCCGGACAACUUCUCCAUCCCAUACUUGACUGCUCUGGGGGACCUGCUUGGCACUGGGCUCCUAGCGCUCAGCUUCCAUGUCCUCUGGCUCAUUGGGGACCGAGACACGGAUGUCGGGGACUAGCUUGGUUGCUCAACCUUUUCCCCAUCCCUCUGCACUUUCUAUUUGAAUUUUUUCUUUUGUUCCCCUAUCCCUGCCCCUCCCCACACUCCCACCUCUUUCUGGGACUUCACUUUGAUACCAAAUUCUCAUUAUUUUCAAUGGGAAUUUUUAUACAUUGAGCCAAGUUUGUAUAGCAAGAAUUCAGGAAGGACAGAUGGACUGUGAUAAGCAGUACAAGUAGAUUUUUGAGACAAUCACCAAGUGCAAUUUCAUGGUGGGUGCCUCCAGGUGAGGUGGAUUGUAGCAGGGGGUUCCUGUCCUAGGAUCUGGGGACACUUGUUUUGGCUUUAGCAACCUCAUUCUUGGUCCUGAUGAGAAACCCUUUGUGGGCUCUGAUUUUAGGGGUUUUUUCUUUCUUUUUUUUUUUUUUCUUUUUGUUGAACAGAGGGAUAAAUAACACUCCCCCCCACACACACAUACUUUUGUAGAAAUGGACCAACUUCAAAGCACUGGGCAGGAGACAGCUGCUCUCAGCCCCCUAUAAUCCCAGCCCUACUCUCUGCCCUCUAGACUUGGGCCCUCCAGCUCUCAGAAAGAGUAAGGUGGACUGAUGGUUUGAUUUGGCACAUGCCUCUUAUCCAUUUGUCUGAUCAGCAUCACCAACCCCUCCCUCUGAUUGUUUUCCAGUUGAUUGUCACAUUCAGGAAGAAAUGAGCAGUAGCCUAGUCUCCCUGUUGACUCACAUCCAUCUGUAGUUUUCCUAAGAUCCAUAUCCUCCCUGGGCCCAGAGGACUGAUUCUUUGUGUCUGUUCAACCUUCAUCUCUAAUUGUCUCUAUAAGCACUAUCUUCCCCAGAGCUUGCCAGGUUUGGUUCCAAGAUUAGGGAUCGAGCAAGGGUAUGUAGAGAAUGAUUUGGAGGUUUAGGGCAACCAGGGGUAUUUCAUUGCUGCCAUUUCUCCUGAGGACAUAAUCACACAGUCGCCUUGGACUCUGUUACUUCCUAUAAUCACUCAUUCUGUCAUGCCAUGGAGGUCAGUUUUCCUCUCUCUGGGCUUCUGUCCACAAACAUUUUUUAUUCAUUCAUUCAUUCAUUCACUUGACAAAAAUGCAGCCUCCCCAGGAUGAGCUCUUCUGCAGCCAUGGUCUGAAACAUUCAUUGAACAAUAUUUAUUGAGUGCCGACUAUGUGUUAGGUACAGUGCCAAGCACUGACUUAGCCAGUGGUAAGGGAAACACAUCUCUAACUUCACUUCAUUCCCCAGGUUACAAAAGCCAUGUGCCCCUUUCAGUCUGGCAGAGAAAUUUCCCUUGUAUGUAUUUACAUCUACUUCACCACAUCAGGUUCUGCCCCUUUCUCCCUCCUGGAUCCCACCUCUGUGUAGUGCUGACACAGCUGCCAGCCCCAUUGCUCAGACAGGGCUCUUUUUCCUAAACUACCCUUCCUCACCUUCCCUUCCCUUCUCUCCACCUCUCCUCACAUUGUCACAGGCACCCGAAAGAGGAUUUAGAACUAGCAGGCUGGACAUCACCUGGCUGCUUCUACUUUUCUCCACCUAGCACAAAACUGGAAGUAAACAAGCCUCUGCUUCUUGCCCACACAUUGCUCUGAACAGCUCAGAAAUCUGUCCACACUCACACAUCUGGGCAUUUGGAUGCAGGCUUUUUCUAGCCUGUCUGUCAGAAGCCUCCCCGUAAACCCUCCUCUCUGUAGCCUAAAGGGCCCUCUUCCAAGGGAAGGCUUGGGCAAUGACCCUGUUUCUACCACCACCAUGCCUUGUCCCAGAAACUUGCCCUGGAUCUCCAGAGACUGUCUUUUCUCUCCCUGCAUCCCACCCAGGCCACCUUCUGGAAUCAUAGAACCUUAGAAUUGGAAGGAAUCAUAAAAGUUAUCUAGUUGGAGCUAUGUCCAACGGAGUUCAUUAACACAAGCCAGGGCUUGUUUCUGCUUUUCCCUCUGGCCUAUCAUCUUUUCCGCCACCUCAAAACACACUUGCACACAGACCCUUCUUGCACAGGCACCAAAAACAACUCUGCCCCUGAGGCUGUGCCCCUGUGAUCUCCAGCCUCCCUUGCCCAGUCAUUCACCCCUUCCUCAUCUCUGGAGUUUGGCCAGGCUGUGCUGGAGGACUCUGGAGUGUCCUCCUUUGCCUAAAAAGCAGAAAGGUAGGCAUGCCCCAGGCCCUGAGUGUGUGCGCAGAGGAGGACCAUGGGGUGAGAGGGAAAGAAAAUGGAGUUGACUUUCAUGGAAGAUUCAUUUCUUUUUCCCUGAUUGCACCAACUGCAUGUACUUUUGGCCUGGCUGCAAGGAGCAAUAUCGGUUUACUCAUAUCCUUAAAAAGUUACAGAACUGUGUCUUAAGAGAAUUAUUUAUAGUCACUAUAACUGAAUUGACAAAUGUCAAGUUAACUGAUAAAUUAUAUUUGGUAAAAUAAAGAGGACGUUUAUUUAGAUGGCUGGUGGUUCCGGUGUCUCAUCAAAAAGCAGCUUCUACUGUAUUCUUGGGCUCCCUCUAUAGCCCCACCCUCUCCUCACACAGAAAUGGAAAGGGGCCAAAGUGUGAAACAAAUGGAACAUUCUUAAAUACAGAGAUUGUGUGACAGAAAACACACCAGUCAUUUAUUGAGAAGCAACCAGUGGUGGUAUUUCAGAAGCCAUAUGCAGGCCCCUUGCUCUCAAGAAGGUUAUACUCUGGUCUCCAGGAAUCUGCUCAGCCUCAGUUAGGGUAUGUGGCGAGCAUCUAUAGGUCUUAAGAUUCUUUUUUUGCAGAGGCUUGCAAUCUAGUUGGGUCAAAAUAAUAAUAGCUAUUAUUUGUUGCUUACUACAUUGCCUUCACUGUAUUCAGCUCUGUAAGCCCUUAGAAAAUUACAAUUGACUGCAAAGGGUUUGGUGUCAGACAGGCCUGGGUUUAAAUCAUUUGUAUGACCUUCGACAAAUUGUUUACCCUCUCUGAGCUUCUGUUUCCUCAUCUGUGCUAAUAGCUGUUUCAUAGGAUAAUUAAGGGACUCCAGUGAGAGAAUAUAUAUAAAGCACCAAGCUCUGUGCCUGGUGCAUUCUAAAAACUAUGGAGGAAGCUGAGAAGAAUAGGAGUUAGCCUAGCAGAAAGUGGGAAGAGAGAGAGCCAUCCUGCAGCAGGAACAAUGGGCUAAGCAAAGAAAUGAUUCUGAUGCUUUUGGGAACGGCAGAUAGUUCCAUAAGACUAGAGUUUGGAGUGCAGAGGGUGGUGGCACAGCCUUAUAAGACACAUAUUUGUGACUAAGCAAUUUUUCUGAGAUGGCAGAAGGGCAAAGUCAGUGCGAUGCCACCCAGGUCUGACUCCAGAGUCAAUGCUGGGAGCCAUUUCCUGCACAGGACAUAUCCCCCACAGAAUAUGUCACAAUAUAUACCAUGUACUGGGUGCUGAACAUUUGCUGGUCUUAGAAAUCGGCCUUUUAUAACCCCCUUGGACUCUAGGACUAACUCUUCAAAGCAGCAAUAUGUUAAUAAGGGUUGAUGGAAAAAGGAUAAUUUCUUGUUAAUUAUUAUUUAUAUAGUGUUUUACUAUACAGUUUAUUACAAAGUACACUUUUAAAUUAUAAUACUAGUCUCAAUUGCAACUUCAAUAUGAUCUCUA